GGCUCACCGCAACCUCCGCCUCCUGGGUUCAGGCAAUUCUCCUGCCUCAGCCUCCCGCGUAGCUGGGAUUACAGGAACGCACCACCAUGCCCAGCUAAUUUUUUGUAUUUUUAGUAGAGACGAGGUUUCACCAUGUUGACGGGGAUGGUCUCGAUCUCUCGACCUCGUGAUCCACCCGACUCGGCCUCCCAAAGUGCUGGGAUUACAGGCUUGAGCCACUGCGCCCAGAAUUUUUUUUGAGACAGAGUUUCGCUCUUGUUACCCAGGCUGGGGUGCAAUAGCGCAAUCUUGGCUGACCGCAACCUCCGUCUCCUGGGUUCAGGCAAUUCUCCGGCCUCAGCCUUCCGAGCAGCUGGGACUGCAGGCACGCGCCACCAUGCCCAGCUAAGUUUUUGUAUUUUUAGUAGAGACGGGGUUUCACCAUGUUGACCAGGAUGGCCUCGAUCUCUUGACCUCGUGAUCCACCCUCCUCGGCCUCCCAAAGUGCUGGGAUUACAGGCGUGAGCCACCGCGACGUAUUUUCAUCGUGGACUUCAGUGUAAUUGAUUCCAUGAUCCUUUUGAGAAGGGGCCGAACUGACAAGCCUUCCUGAGACAGAUGCCCUAUGGAAUUCUGGUGAAGAGAGAAGAGAGUGGAGUGGGCACUGGGCAGGGGCAGAGGGAGGGUGAGAUGCGUUUCGGACAAAUGGUGAGCCAGGAUACGCAUGAGAUCUCUGCUAGACAUGCACAAUCUCAUCUACUGGAAGACAGGCCAGUGCAGGGAAUGGGAGCUCCAAGGGAGUCACUUAUGAAGAGUUUCAUGACAGGUGAUCGCCUCCAUCAGGGUUCUUUGUUUCUUUAAAUCAACGUAACCACGACUACAAUCAGGGCAGGGUUCUUUCAUUCCAACUAGCAGUGUCUCGCCCUGUUGCCCAGUUGGUUAUACAGUUGCAGCCUGCCUGCUUCGUCCACCCCUGCUUUUUCAUCUUUGUGGAGGAUGCGGUGUUGCGGUUAAGAUCGUUGGUUCUAGAGCCACGUUACCUGCGGUCAACCCGGUGUCUGACCUUGGGUAGCGUUGCAGUGGCAUCUGGGCGGGUCCUGCCGGCGCUAGCUGUCACUGUCUCUGUUAUUCCAGUUUCGCGAUCCCGAGUACGGGGAAUGGUUUGGCUACCUGAGCCGAGAGGGCAAGGUGGCCCUCACCAUCAAGGGAGGGCCUUUCAAAGGUGAGUAGGAGACAGGGCGGGGCCGCAGGGGUCGCGCCUCUCAGCGGCUCCCGGCCCUCACCACCUGUACGCCUGUCCCCGUCUCUCCCCGCAGGCUGCUUCCACGUGCCGCGGUGCCUAGCCAUGUGCGAGGAGAUGCUGGGCGCCCUGCUGAGCCGCCCGACUCCCGCCCCCGCCCUCGCCCCUGCCCCUGUCCCUGCCCGCCGAGGCGCGGAAUAAACGCUGAGUCUGUUCCACCUGCAGCUGUGCGCGCGUCCGCGUCUGUGGGCUCCCGGGAGGAGGGCUGCCGCGCCGAGGGAGGGGCCGGCUCCAGCUCCAGGGCAGCGCCCGUCCCGACCCGCCCCCGGGCCUGCCCAUCGCUGACCGGCUCCUUGCAUUGGCCUGCCCCACGCACUGGCCUGCCCCGCGCACUGGCCUGUCCCGCGCAUUGGCCAGCGGCCGGGAGGACGGGCCCAGCUGCCGUGCACUUCCGGCCGGUGGCCAGCCCGGCGCGCACCGCCCCUUCCGCUGCCGCCCAGGUAGCCCAGCCCCGGUCCCAGCCCCGGUCCCAGCCCCCGCCGUCCCGGUGUCGCUUCGGAGCGCGGCGGCAGCUGACUGCGCCUUCACGAUCCGCUGGGACCCGCGAGCCCCGCCGCCGUUAUGAACAUCCGCAAUGCGAGGCCGGAGGACCUGAUGAACAUGCAGCACUGCAACCUCCUCUGCCUGCCCGAGAACUACCAGAUGAAAUACUACUUCUACCAUGGCCUCUCCUGGCCCCAGCUCUCUUACAUUGCUGAGGACGAGAAUGGGAAGAUUGUGGGGUAUGUCCUGGCCAAAAUGGAAGAAGACCCAGAUGAUGUGCCCCAUGGACAUAUCACCUCAUUGGCUGUGAAGCGUUCCCAUCGGCGCCUCGGUCUGGCACAGAAACUGAUGGACCAGGCCUCUCGAGCGAUGAUAGAGAACUUCAAUGCCAAAUACGUCUCCCUGCAUGUCAGGAAGAGUAACCGGGCCGCCCUGCACCUCUAUUCCAACACCCUCAACUUUCAGAUCAGUGAAGUGGAGCCCAAAUACUAUGCAGAUGGGGAGGAUGCCUACGCCAUGAAGCGGGAUCUCACCCAGAUGGCGGACGAGGCCCUGUAUCUUUGCUCCCGCUUCUCCCUGGGCUCCUGGCGGCAGCUGAGGCGGCACCUGGAGCUGAAGGAGAAGGGCAGGCACAUGGUGCUGGGCGCCAUGGAGAACAAGGUGGAGAGCAAAGGCAGCUCACCUCCGAACUCAGGAGAGGCCUGUCGUGAGGAGAAGGGCCUGGCUGCUGAGGAUAGUGGAGGGGACAGCAAGGACCUCAGCGAGGUCAGCGAGACCACAGAGAGCACAGAUGUCAAAGACAGCUCAGAGGCCUCCGACUCGGCCUCCUAGAGCCUGCCCCGGCCCUUCCUCACCCCACGAGCUUUCACAAUAAAUUCGCUCUAUGGCACUGGGGAA